AUGACUUCAAUGGACAAAGUAUUCGCUGGAUAUCAGCAGAGGAAGGGCAUACUCGAAUCGAGCACAAACCCCUUUGCCAAAGGCAUCGCAUGGAUCGAAGGACAGCUCACGCCGCUGUCCGAGGCGCGUAUACCACUCCUAGACCAGGGCUUCCUCCACAGCGACCUCACUUAUGAUGUCCCCUCCGUCUGGGACGGCCGCUUCUUCCGCCUCGACGACCACAUCACCCGCCUGGAGGCCAGCUGCUCAAAGCUGCGGCUGAGGCUGCCGUUGCCUCGGGAGGAGGUCAAGAGGACGCUCGUCGACAUGGUGGCCAAGAGCGGCAUCAGAGAUGCGUUCGUGGAGCUUAUUGUGACCCGCGGCGUCAGGGGCGUGCGGGGCCAGAAGCUGGAGGACCUCUCGAACAACCUGUACAUGUUCAUCAUGCCCUUUAUCUGGGUCAUGGAGCCCGAGAUGCAACACGACGGCGGCAGCGCAAUCAUCGCCCGAACGGUGCGACGGGUGCCUCCUGGGGCUAUUGACCCGACGGUCAAGAAUUUGCAAUGGGGUGACUUGACGCGAGGAAUGUUCGAGGCGGCGGACCGAGGUGCUACUCAUCCUUUCCUCACGGACGGCGAUGGGAAUCUCACCGAGGGUUCUGGCUUCAACAUCUGUAUCAUCAAGGACGGCACGAUCUACACGCCUGACCGUGGUGUUCUGGAGGGUGUUACUCGCAAAAGUGUGUUCGAUGCAGCCAAGGUCCAUGCAAUUCCCGUGCGUAUGGAGGUUGUUCCGGUUGAGACGGCCUAUCAGGCCGACGAGCUAUUCAUGUGCACCACGGCUGGGGGCAUUAUGCCAAUCACGAGUCUUGACGGACAGCCCGUGAAGGGUGGCAAGGUCGGACCCAUCACGAAGAAGAUUUGGGACACUUACUGGGCCAUGCACUAUGAUUCCACCUACAGCUUCGAGAUUGACUACAGUGGUGUGUAA